ACUGCCUUUAUAAUUCUUUAAAGUGUGUGUGUACAUUUUGGGGGGACACCUUACAAUGGCACUUGGAACCCCAGUAGGAGAAGAGGGAGAAAGAACAGGGCUAUCACGGUUAAGACUUUCCCAAAAAUAAUGGAAGUUACCAAAACACAGGCCAAAGACUGCUUAAAGUACAAGCAGGAUAAAAAACUUUAAAAGAAAAAAAAUUACAUAUAUAUAUAUAUUUAUUGUUAUUAUUUCUUUUUUUUCUUCAAACUGCUGAAAGCCAAAGACAAAACAUCUCCAAGGCGGCCAGAGGGAGACUCCGUAGGCAGAUGUGGGGGGGCCGUCCUGGUGGCGGGAACAGCAAGAGCAGAGGCAGCUGAAGAUGACGUGUGAGGCAGAGCACCGUCCCCUGGGUGUGUUUGAGUGCCAGCUCUGUGCCUUGGCAGCUCCAUACAGCUAUGUGGGGCAGAAGCCCCCCGACACCCAGUCUGUCAUCCUCCUGGAGGAGAGCUACGUCAUGAAGGACCCCUUCACCCCAGACAAGGACAGGUUCCUCAUCCUGGGCUCCAGGUGCAGUGUCUGCGGCCGGCUGGUGUGUGUGGGCCCGGAAUGCAGUCUGUUCUACUCCAAGAGGUUCUGCCUCCCUUGUGUCCAGAAGAACCUCCAGGCUUUCCCUCAGGAGAUCCGGCAGGACCUGGAGAAAAGGAAAGGCCCCGCGAAGAGGCCGGCCGGCCAGCCCAGCUCGCAGGCCUGAGCCGGCGUCGGAGGCCCCCAGUCGGGUGCUGAGCUGGGAGCCACCGUGUGGCCUUGUUCUGGAGCCGUGCAGAGGAGGCACCUGGGAACCCCACCCCGACUCCAGAGGUCGCUCAGUGCUGAGCGCGGGCAGGAGCCAAGGGGCGCCCAGGCUCUCACGGGGCUGGGGCCCCACCCUCUGCAGGUCCUCCCGGCUGUGUCCUGCUCCACAUGGCUGGGCUGGAGGGCCCUGCGUCCUUCCCACGAGGGGUCCGAUCCAGGGGUUGUCUCCACGCGCCACGCCGCUCUGCUGGGCCCUGAACACAGCCGCGCGGGGCAAAGGCCUCUGCCGUGGAGCUGUCCCCGCGUGCGGACCUCUGGCCCCCGCAGUGGGCGGGGGGAGCGUGUGCUCCCUCUGGCUCUGGUUCCAGCCCCAGGCCCCCGGCUCCCUCCCCUCACGCCCUCGCCUCGGAGCCUUCUGUUGCUUGCCUGCCCCUCUCCCCAGCGAACUCAGCCUCGGGCCUGCGGAGGCCAACCCCACAGCCUCAGCAUUGCGCGUGGGAGCUCGCCUCCUGUCUGCUGGUUCCUGGCGGCAGGCGCUGCCCUGAGUCAUCUUACAGUUGCUGCGCAGCCACCGUCCCAGCCCCGAGUGAGAAAUGUGAAUAAAGAGCCGUUUCCAUCGA